UUGAUUUUCUUUGUCAUAAUCACCCUCUUUUGGUGUUUCCUAAUGCUUCUCAGGCAGCAUGGAAUUAAACCCAGAUUAUCACCCAAUCCCCUCUUCACUCUCAAUCAGUCUUAUCUCCAUUUUAGCACAAAUCCCAUUGAUGCCCAAUCUCCAUUCCCAUCAUCUGAAACCCAAUCCUUUGUUAAAACAAUCUGUUCUCAAGUCUAUGAAUCGUAUCAGCAACAAGCCUUCUCUAGAUUUUCACCUCCAAGGCUCAACCUUAACAUCAAUCCUUAUUCUUUGACCCAUGAACAAGCCAUUUCAAUCGUUGCUUUUCUGGCUAAUGAAUCUGGUUCCAUGGUUGCUCUAAGUUUCUUUUACUGGGCACUUGAUAUCUACAUAUUUAAACGUUUCAUGAGGCUUUACAUUGUAACUGCCACUUCUUUGAUUAGAAACGGUAACUUUGAUAGAGCCAAUGAAGUAAUGCAAUGUCUGGUAAGAAAUUUUUCUGAACUCGGGAGGUUAAAGGAGGCCGUUGGGAUGGUUUUUGAGAUGCAAAAUCAUGGCUUGAAGCUAAAUGCUGAAACCUUUAAUUGUAUCUUGGGGGUUGGUUUGGAAAUGGGGUUGCUUGAUUAUUUGGAGAAAGUGUUUGAUGAAAUGUCUGAGAGAGGGGUGUGUGGGGUUUUUUGUAGUUAUAAAUUGAUGGUAGUUGGGUAUUGUAGAAUGGGGAGGGUUUCAGAGGUUGAUAAGUGGCUGAAAGAAAUGCUGGAAAGAGGGUUCAUUGUUGAUAAUGCUACUUGCACAUUGGUUAUCAGUUUGUUCUGUGACAAGGGUUUUGCAAAUCGAGCACUCUGGUACUUUGAUAAGAUUGUGAAGAUGGGAUUUAAGCCUAAUCUGAUUAACUAUUCUUGUUUGAUUAAUGGAUUGUGUGAGAAGGGUAGUAUAAAGCAAGCCUUCGGAAAAUUGGAAGAAAUGGUUAGGGAAGGAUGGAAGCCUAAUGUGUAUGUACAUACUGCUUUGAUCGAUGGGCUUUGCAAGAAAGGAUGGACUGAGAAGGCUUUUAGGUUGUUCCUUAAGCUUGUUAGGAGUGAUAAAUACAAGCCAAAUGUCCAUACAUAUACUUCUAUGAUCAGUGGUUAUUGCAGUGAGGAGAAGUUGAAUCGGGCAGAGAUGUUAUUGAGCAGAAUGAAAGAGCAAGGUUUGGUUCCUAACACCAACACAUAUACCACUCUUAUUAAUGGCCAUUGCAAAAUGGGAAGUUUUGACCGAGCAUAUGAAUUGAUGCGUGUAAUGGAUAAAGAAGGUUUUACUCCGAAUAUAUAUACAUAUAAUGCAAUUAUUUGUGGUCUCUGUAAAAGGGGAAGGGUUCAAGAAGCCUAUGAACUGCUUAGAAAUGGCCUUCUGCAUGGAUUGCAAGCUGAUAGAGUUACGUAUACCAUUCUCAUUACUGAACAGUGCAAGCAAGCUAAUACUGAGCUAGCUAUGGCCUUUUUUGGUAAGAUGAUUAAAGUUGGCCUCCUGCCUGAUAUGCAUUCAUAUAACACAUUGAUUGCAGCAUUCUGCAAGAAAAAGGAAAUGAAAGAGAGUGAGAACCUUUUUGAGGAAGCUUUAAGGCUUGGAUUGGUUCCAACCAAGGAAACUUACACAUCCAUGAUAAGUGGGUACUGCCGCGCUGGAAACUUAAGCUUGGGGCUCAAGUUUUUCAACAAGAUGAGUGACCACAGUUGUGUACCAGAUAGCAUCACAUACGGAACAUUGAUCAAUGGACUUUGCAGAGAGUCUAGGUUGGAGGAGGCAUGCCAGUUAUAUGAGACUAUGAUGGAUAAAGGGCUCUUUCCAUGUGAAGUAACUCGGUUAACACUUGCUUACGAGUAUUGCAAAAAAGGUGAUUCUGCCAUUGCCAUGGUUAUGUUGGAAAGACUAGAGAAAAAACUUUGGAUGCGCACGGUUAACACCUUGAUCAGGAAGCUUUGUAGUGAGAAGAAAGUGGGCAUAGCAGCAUUAUUCUUUCAUAGAUUAUUGGAUAAGGAUCGCAAUGUUAAUCGUGUAACUUUGGCAGCAUUCGUUACUGCAUGUUAUGAGACUGACAAGUUUGCUCUUGUCUCUGACCUGAAUGAAAGGAUCUCUAAAGGAAUUGGUUAGGGCAAAUGGUCUAUGUAUUCAAUCAAAACCUUUUCUGCUGAAGCAGGUAACAUGUCAAGAAAUGAAGUUCCCUUUUUUGAGUUUUUCAAAAAGAAGUCAAUCUUUUGAUCCCUUUUCCUUGGUGGUUUGAGAUUCUUCAGUUCCUUUUCCGUCCAUUGGCAUUUCUGCUGUCAACUGAAAAUUCAAAGGACCUGCCUACUGGAUAAUUUAGUGCUCCUCAGGUAUUGAGGAAUGCAUUAUUAUAACUUUAUUUUGUGAAAACAAAAAUAAAAAGUUUGCAUCGAUCACAUUGAAUGGCAAAAUGAAUUUCCCUGUUUAUCCUCUCAAGUCUUAGCGGAUGUUGUUAGUAAGAUGUUAGGAUUCCAAGGCUUUGUUUCCAGGAAAGAAAGGGGCAAACCUUUGUUAUUGUUACCAUACUAGGAACUAACUUUAGUUGUCUAAUAAUUAAUUCCUAGCUCACUUACAAUGCAAAACCUUUAAAGAUACUCUAAUUCUUAUCAUCAUUUUAAAACUUUCUAACCUCUAAAUGGUGUCCUUUUGUUGGUAGAAAAAAGAACAUGACAUUAAAAACUAGUAAAUAGUGCGAAAUACAACCAUAUCACUAGCAUCAUCCUGCAACAGUGGCAAUAAAGAGUCUUGAGAAGAACCACAAAUACAACUAAAAACAUUCUACUAGAGUCAUUAAAACAUAACAUAUCCGAAGAGGACAAAGUGUGAAAAGAGUUUCUUUUUCUUUCUUUUAAACCUCUCAAAUCCCAGUGAAAAAUGUUAAAACUGAUUUGUCCUUGAAUGAUGUCAAUGUUUCGUCAUAAUUUUUUUCCCCCUAAAUGAAUUGUCUUAGCAGCUCACAUAGUCAAAGUCCAAAAGAUCUUAGCUUUUUCUGAUGUCAUCGCUUUUGUUACAACUAGUGAUAUUAUUAUAUAUAUAGCAGCAUUUGUUUUAGCCUCCUAAAGGUUAGAUGCAUUGCAUCUGUGAAUUUAAGCAGCCAAGACCAAGAUAAAAAGGGUAUUUAUAGGAGCACCGAAACACAUCGGUAUUAAAUAACCAACAAAAAAAGGAACAUUAUAAAAAGCCCAUGCUCCCUUUCUUUUGCAAAACUCCGUCAUUAUUCGGUACCAACAACUCCUCCACUUUCUCAUUAUUUGCUUUCAAGCGUACUUGUCAAAUGGCUCGAUCUGCACUGGAUGAAAUGUCAGAUUCUGGGGCUUUUAUGAGAACUGCCUCAACAUUUCGUAACUUCAUCUCUCGAGACCCUGGUUCUCAGUUUCCACCUGAGUCAGGAAGGUAUCAUUUGUAUGUAUCUUAUGCUUGCCCUUGGGCUUCCAGGUGCCUUGCAUACUUGAAGAUCAAAGGACUUGACAAGGCCAUUGGUUUUACGUCAGUCAAACCCAUAUGGGAAAGGACAAAGGAAACUGAUGAGCACAUGGGAUGGGUUUUUCCCACUUCUGAUACAGAAGAGCCAGGUGCUGCACCCGACCCCUUUAACGGAGCAAAGAGCAUAAGGGAACUAUAUGAGCUUGCAAGUACGAACUAUACUGGGAAGUACACAGUCCCUGUCCUAUGGGACAAGAAGUUCAAGACUAUUGUUAGUAACGAGAGUGCUGAGAUAAUCCGCAUGCUUAAUACCGAAUUCAACGAUAUAGCUGAGAAUCCUGCUGUGGACCUAUAUCCUCCACAUUUGAGAGCCGAAAUUGACAAGACGAAUGAGUGGAUAUACAGCGGAAUCAAUAACGGUGUUUACAAAUGCGGGUUUGCUAGAAAACAAGAGCCUUAUGAUGAGGCUGUAAAACAACUAUAUGACGCUUUGGACCAAUGUGAGGAGAUUCUUUCCAAGCAGCGGUACCUUUGCGGAAACAUUCUAACCGAGGGAGAUAUUCGACUGUUUGUAACCCUCAUAAGAUUCGAUGAGGUCUAUGUCGUACAUUUCAAGUGCAACAAAAAGCUUCUACGGGAGUACCCGAAUUUGUUCAACUAUACCAAGGACAUUUACCAAAUUCCAGGCAUGAGCAGCACGGUGAAUGUGCAACACAUCAAGCGCCACUACUAUGGUAGCCACCCUUCUAUAAAUCCAUUCGGGAUAAUCCCUGUUGGCCCAAAUAUUGACUAUUCUUCUCCUCAUGACCGAGCACGGUUUACCGCAUAGGAAGUAUGUAUCCCAUACUAUAAGCUCUUGUUUAUUUUGUUCAAUGAUGCACCGAUGCUCGCUGUUGCGGUCGACAACUCCCCUUGCAUUUAAGAUGAAUUAAUUCUGGAAAAGACAUUAUAUGUUAUACUCUCGUGGAUCAAAGUUUUUAGUUUUUUCAUUGUGGCAGGUUGUUUUUAGUUACCAAUAAAUACCUAGAAGGGGAACGAUGGUCGCUUCAAUAUUUUCUUUGAUAAUCAGCUUAAUAUGCAUACAAGCAGUAUAUGGAAUUAUAUAUAUUUGUAUCUAAUCAAAGUUUUACGGUGUCAUUUGUGAUUAAA